UUGUGUGGAGGGCCAAGAAGUAACAGUGUGGAAGCAUUUCCUGUUCCGGUUGUUGCGAGAAGUAGCACACGGUUGCGGGAAGAGAAGUGCAUCAUGUCUCCGGAUAGUGAGGAUGAAGAGGCUCCCGAAGAGGUUACUUUCCAGAGCGCCAGGAAUCAGGCGGCGGAUACAGCGAGGAAAGAGCGCCAGGCUGCUAAGAGGGAAAAGGAUCUUUUGAAAGAAAAGAGGAAACUCAAGCAAGAGCGCUUUGCAGAGCAAAAGAGGAAAAAGCUGCUUGAUGAGGACAUCCUGCAGACUGUGUCUGCUCUUCCAGAGAAACAGGAUGAAGGUGAAUGUGUUGCACAGGAUAAAGGAGGUGCACUAAUAAAUCAACAGAAGAAAAAAAAGCCCCGAAAAAGGGAACUAAAACCUAAAAUCAGUCUGCAAGAAAACUAUAAAGUGGUGCACUUGGAAGAUUGCAGACACAAGAAUUUACAACAGCAAAAAGCAAAGGAAUUUAUCCAGAAUGCGUUAUACGGGCAAGUAAAGAACAGAACUACAGCCAAUGAAUUUCUUUCUGUCGCAAGCAAAAAAAGUGCGGUGAAGAAGCCUGCCUUUCAAUUUACUGACCAGAGCUGGGGUGAGGCUGAAAAAAAGAAAUCUGAAAAAUUCAAUCUUCUUUGGAGAGACAGAAAGAAACUAUGAAUUAGGGAUUUGCAGGAACAUGUAAAUACUGAAUAUUUCUUUCCUUCUCACGCUUUUCUACUGGACAUUCUGAUGCUGCAAUACAUGGAUAUUCUGUUUCAGAAGAGGUUCUUGGUGGAAAUCACUUUGUUUUAUAAAGAAUGAUCACUUUUUGUUAUAUCAUGGAUCACUGACAACUGCUACAUCAACUUCCAAACUGCCUGUCACAGUUGUCCGAAAAUAGAAGUUGUGCUGUCUGCCAACCUGAAAUGUUCCCCAGUCUGUACAGAUAAGCAGUUUAGCAAAGUACAACAGAUGGACCUUCUUACCUAUAAUGAGUGUUUUGGGCAUAAUCUCACUCAGUCUCUAAAAUAUCAUAAAGCAGCCUAAAUCCUUAGUCUGAGCUCCAGAAUAGCUGCUUUGGACGGGGGAUGUGUCUUUGUAAUAAACAAUUGGCCCACAUCAGCGUUUCUUUUAGUAUCUCAAAACGAUAUGGUUGAUAUUGGCCAUUUCCAAGGUAAUAAAAUUCUAUAUCCAUCUGA